GGACAAACAAUUGAGUUCCCGUUUUCGCAAAGCGACGCGUGUAAGGACUGGGGUGUCCACUGCCCGGUAGCCAAGGCCAGUCACCAGGAGUUUAAGCUUAAGAUGCCGGUCGAGAGCUCCUACCCUAAAGUGAAACUACACAUCCGAGUGGGACUGGAGGACGCCAACGGAAAGCUACUUAUUUGCCAAGAGAUCCCUGCUGAAAUAAAGUAAACCCUUAUACAUUAUAAACACAAUCGCAUUUAAAUAAAGUAUGAAAUACUUUGUAAAAAAUAUUUAAAUAAUAAAAUAAACUCAGUUUUAUCGUAAAUACA